AUGUCUCUUGCCUCAACACUUCCCGAAUUAUGUCUCGAAGAAAUCUUCGAAUGUCUACUUGCCAACAAAUCAUCUCUAGUUUCAAGUUUAUUAGUUAAUCGGCAUUGGUGUACCACAGCACUUCGACUACUAUGGCGAAAUCCAUUGCUCGUCCAAACUAAAAAAGGUUUAAGUCGGCAACUUUAUAUUCUUUGUUUUCCGGCCGAUCAUCCAUUACGCGCGCAACUUUACAAAACGACAUUUCCAUACAUGAUGAUGAUCAAAUCGUUGGACUUGCCAUUACUCUAUGAAACAGUUGGCAUUGAAUUCAAUUUUCCAGAAACAUUUAUGGUUAUCACCGCGAUUCUCGAACAUUUAUUGAUUGAUGGUGGAACUGUUUUAUUUGAUAUGAAUCUGGAUUUUAUUGCGGCAUCAAAGCGACUCGUGAGAUCAUAUUGGCAUUCCACAAGUCCAUAUUUCAGGAUAUUUAAUCACCCAGAAGUGAGUAAUGCUCUUUCAACGUUACGACGGUUGACUAUAUCGAACCUACGUGUUGAUAAAAUAAUCCCAUUAAUCGCUAAAACAAGUCCAAAUAUCACCGAACUACACAUUCAUCUCUAUACUGAAUACUCCGAGUUCUCGCCAUUCUGGAGUGGAUUCGCAUGUACGCUUUCAAGUCUGAAUUUUCUGUUACCUUAUUUGCAAGGCUGGCGUAAGUUGAGUAUAUUAUCGUUUGCCUACGGUGAUGUUCCUCCGACAAGAGAAACUCGAAUCAGAGAAGACCACUUUUUCGUCGAGCUCGGAAAAAACUUGCCGCCUAUAACAAUAAGAAACUUAAUUUUUGACGUUUAUUUUGAUGUAACGCCAAAUUCAAUCAAACAAUUUUUCAGUGUAACUCAAGCAUCGUUCCAAAAGAUUUCUUUUUUAAAGGCGACGCAGUUUUCUGAUGAGCAUUUGAAUGCGAUUGCUUUAGACUCUUGUGGAAAACUAUUGGAAUUUGAUCUUUCAGGUGCGAAUCAUGUCACCACUGAGGGACUGAUAAAAGCUAGAAAAUCAAUACCAAUAAAUUUAACAUCGAAAUAA